AUGCUACAUUCAUAUUGUUAUAAUCGCACUCGCACUCUCUUCUUUCCUCUCUCUGUCUUUAUCUCUCCUUCUCUGCUUUGCUUCUCUAUUGCAUUCCUAAACUCUCGCACUCGUUCUACCACACUCUAUCUAUCUAUCUAUCUAUCUAUCUAUCUAUCUAUCCCAGUUUAUUCAUAUCUAUCUAUCUAUCUAUCUAUCUAUCUAUCUAUCUAUCUAUCUAUCUCUAGGUCUUUUCAUUCCUAUCUAUCUAUCUAUCCCAGUCUUUUCAUUCCUAUCUGUCUAUCUAUCCCAGUUUAUUCAUAUCUAUCUAUCUAUCUAUCUAUCUAUCUAUCUAUCUAUCUAUCUAUUAUCUAUCCCAGUUUAUUCAAUCUAUCUAUCUAUCUAUCUAUUCAUAUUCAUCUAUCUAUCUAUCUAUCCAUCUAUCCUAUCAAUCUAUCUAUCUAUUCAUCCAUUCAUCUAUCUAUCUAUAGGUUUUCACUCCUAUCAAUCUAUCUAUCCCAGUUUAUUCAUAUCUAUCUAUCUAUCUAUCUAUCUAUCUAUCUAUCUAUCUAUCUAUCUAUCUAUCUAUCUGUCUUUUCAUUCCUAUCUAUCUAUCUAUCCCAGUUUAUUCAUAUCUAUCUAUCUAUCUAUCUAUCUAUAUGUCUUUUCCUUCCUUCCUAUCUAUUUAUCCCAGUUUAUUCAUAUCUAUCUAUCUAUCUAUCUAUCUAUCUAUCUAUCUAUCUAUCUAUCUCUAGGUCUUUUCAUUCCUAUCUAUCCAUCUAUCCCAUUUAUUCAUAUCUAUUCAUCUAUCUAUCAAUCUAUCUAUCUAUCUAUCUAUCUGUCUGUCUUUUCACUCCUAUCAAUCCAUCUAUCAUCGUUCAUAUCUAUCUAUCUAUCUAUCUAUCUAUCUAUCUAUCUAUCUAUAGGUCUUUUCACCCUAUCAAUCUAUCUAUCCCAGUUUAUUCAUAUCUAUCUAUCUAUCUAUCAUCUAUCUAUCUAUCUAUCUAUCUAUCUUUUAUCUAUCUAUCUAUCUAUCAGUUUUUCAUAUCCUAUCUAUCUAUCUAUCCUAUUUAUUCUAUAUCUAUCUAUCUAUCUAUCUAUCUAUCUAUAUGUCUUUUCCUUCCUUCCUAUCUAUUUAUCCCAGUUUAUUCAUAUCUAUCUAUCUAUCUAUCUAUCUAUCUAUCUAUAUCUAUCUAUCUAUCUAUCUCUAGGUCUUUUCAUUCCUAUCUAUCUAUCUAUCUAUCUAUCCCAGUUUAUUCAUAUCUAUCUAUCUAUCUAUCUAUCUAUCUAUCUAUCUAUCUAUCUAUCUAUCUAUCUCGCACCCGCUUUCUCUCUCUCUCUCUCUCUCUUUAUCUCUUUUGCAGACGCCCUCUCGCUUGCGCGCGUGCGAGUGCCUGCAAUCUCCAUCUUUCAAGUGACCGCUUACUUUUGCUCUUCCUUUCGUUCCCUUUCAAGCCUGCUCGCUUUCUCUCUCACCCUCCUUCUUUAGCGGUCGCUUUCCUUCUCUCUCAUUUCCCCCUCUCUCUCUCUCUCUCUCUCUCUCUCUCUCUCUCUCUCUCUCUCAAUCUCCCCAACAUCUUUUGA